AUGGCCCCGUCGGCCAUGUCUACCAGCGACUGCACGCCCCGACGUUAUAACCCGCUCGUCAACCCCACGCAUUCGAAGCCGGCCCUAGUCGAGGAGCAUAUCGAGGACCAGCGACAUAUCCUCUUCUCACGACCCCUCCUGGGCGCUUUGCUCUUCGAAAACACCACCUCCGAUGCCCGUGAUCACUGUGCCAACGAGCGCACCUUCCUCUCAUGGCUGCGCCUAUCCAUGUAUCUCGCGAUCGUGUCACUCGCCAUCAUUAUCUCGUUCCAUUUCCGCGAACAGCCCUCCGUACUGGAACGGCGCAUGGCCCUCCCCUUGGGCAUCAUCUUCUGGCUUCUCAGCUUGACCUGUCUGGCGAACGGGUUCUUUAACUAUGCCCGUACUGUCAUGAAGUAUAGCCGCAAGGCGGCCCUCGUCCAGAGUGGCUGGAAAACCCAGGUGGUAUUCACGGUGGUUGGCACCGUGAUUCUGGGCAGCUGCAUUCUGUUCUUGUCGACGGAUCGCCAGCAGUGA